CAUAAGUACUGAGCAGACAAUUUGUGAAGCAAAGGAUUUGCAAACUUCGCAUGAAUGUUUUAAAGUCAGUGAAAACUGCGGCGUUUCCUUAUCUAAAUAUAAGGACAACGAUGUAAUCUGUGUUAAAGCAAUUAGCGAUGGAAAAAUAGGAAAUGUCAUCUGUGGGACCAAUAUUGAAGCUUAUAUGACCUUUAACCUGGAAACAUUAUAUCAGAUCCAAAAAGAAUAUGUUAAGCUUGAGAGACGUCCAAUUGAGCGAACAAGUAUUGUAAAGAAGUAUUCAGAUCACUAUAAAUUUAUACGGACGGUUUCUGAAGAAGAUAAAUCUGAAAUUUUUCAAAACAAAUACCAUGCGUCUAAGCUUGUUGGCUUUAUUUCAGAGGGCGCCAAUCUUGUAUUACAACGUCUUUUAGUCACUCGGGAUUUCCCUCCUUGCUUUGAAGCUUUAAGCAUGGAUGAAAGUGGCUCUAUUUGUCAGGUUCUUUAUUUGAACAUGGGUGAGCGUACUCAAAAAAUUGCGGACAAUAAAGUAAAUGUGCUAGGCAUUCAAAGAAAGCUUCAAUCUACCAGCGGCCUAUCUGCUUCUUGGCAAUCCUUCUUUAUGCUUGACGGACAUCUCAUUUCAAGAGCUCAAGUUGGCUCUCCCGUAAUACUAAAAGUUACAUUAAUUCCAAAAUUCAUAGAGUCUGAUAAGUUUUUAGAAAAGCCUUUCCUUAACAGUAAGUCUCUGUGCUGGGAUGAAGACUUGGAACUUUAUCACAGAUACAUUGAAAAAAAGUUAGAUUCUAUACUAUUGGCUGCAGUUUUGCUGUUUGGUGGAAUAUUGCUGGCCUCUGAAUGGAUGUUGCAUCAGGAAAUUCGCCGGAUUUGA